GUGGCAAAAUAGUAAUUUUCCCGCUCGCGGCUUGCCACUCUGCUUCCGUGCUUGGCUUGCUCGCUUUCCUUUCCCGUCUCGACUCUCGAGUCUCGACUCCUCGCAUUCGCCGCUGCGUCAACGUGUCUUCCUUCCCGCGGUCUCUCCGCCGCCUCCCAGAUCCGGCGGCCAUGGCAAGGAACCCGGGCUGCACCGUCUUCAUAGGUAACUUGGAUGACAAGGUUCCUGAGAGGGUUCUGUAUGAAAUUCUUAUUCAGAUCUCUGGGCAAGACAAACCCUCAUUAAAUGGCAAUAUCCCUGUAACUCCUAGGUUAAACUCUGUACCACAGCCAAAGCCUCAUCAACCUAUGAGGUCUAGUGAUACUCCUUUGCCACAGCAUGCAGCAGUGAAUGGCAGGAAUGCCGGGUAUGGUAUCCCACCAAAUCAUUCAUACGACACGCACACUCAAGCACUGUCGAGUGGGUUACCGAAUAGAGGACUAAGCAACGGUACAUAUGAAUAUAGUAGGCGUGUAUUUGGUUCUGUUCUGAAUGAUGUUAGCCGUCGAGCUACCAGGGAACCAAUCCCGUACCCGUCCUACUAGCAUGUUGAGCCCCGGUGACUGUGACUCUGUGCUGACAGAAAAUAUUUCUGAAGAUGUUGUCUGUUGUGUCAGCCACCUGUAAUAUCUCUGUACUCACCAUUUCAUGCCUGUAAAUAUGGGUUAUGGUGGUAGGACAUAUGCUUGUUUUUUUGGUUCUGCUUCGCAUUGUAGUGAGACUUGUCCCUGCUUGUUAGGUCCUUCUCAUCCCCUAGUGUGAAGGCCAUGCCUCCACUAGUAUGGCUGCACUAGGAAAUACCAUUCCUAGUUACAUGAAUGGGUGGCAAUAUGCUGGCAAUUGUGUUUUAACAUUAGUGCCAUUAGCUAUUUCAAUGUUACAGCAGGGCGUGUUUGUGUUUGCGAUAUUAGUAUUUGGUGGAUUUUGUGCUUCUCAUCAUGUAUCUGGGACAUCUGAAGGAGAAACAUUGUUUUAAAAGAAAAUUGUGAAAUAAGUCCCACAAUUUAUGAUGUUUGAGUAUAUGAAUAUUUGGUUACAUAUGACUUUUUGUUUGCUUGUGCUGUAUGUCUGUCGCAGCACAAGCAUUCGUGAUCCGCCCAAUUGGCUCUCAGGGUGAUCAAGUUAUACCGUUUCUGUUACCUGGCUGCUGUCCGGUAUUUGCAAGUUGACCUGUUGUCAUUUCCAAGUUCAUUAGCGUGGAAGCUGGUGCUGCUGGAUUUUCACUUAACUGGUGACUUAUCUUGCAUUGUGAUAAUGCCACUUCAUCCUAGUCAGAAACCAGCUGGCUUUCUGAGUGGCAAACCAGCAGGAUACCACAAAUCCACCAUAUUGUUGGUCAAGAUGGGUUAGAUGCACAUUUCUCAUCGGGUUGUAUCUGGAAGCCCCAUGACUGCGAUUAUGAUGAGCUCAUAUAUCUACUGACCGUUGUAUCUGUCUGUGAUUUGAGCUCGUGUACCUGCAGUAGGCCGAUAAAAGAAUGGUAAGAUAUCAAUACUUCUGAAGUUCGAACUUGGCCAAGUCCCGUUGGGAUCCAAAUUACAGGUUGUCGGAGUUCGUAAUAGACGCUCAGACUAUGAAAUCAAUCCGGGACAGAAAAUAUGAUAGUGCACCAUUUACCAUUACGAUCCAUUUUGUAUUGUGUAAGUAAUGAACAUUCAUGGUGAUCUGAACCUUCUGUCAGUUUUUCUUUUCACAGCA